AUGCCACCAGUAAGCAAACGUGUUUAUCAAUUACAGAAAAAUAUAUCAAUUGCUUGCCAAAAAUUACAAAAUUUAAAAAAUAUUAAAAGUAAUAGUGAUAUUAGUGACACUGAAGUACUCAAGAAAAAUAUAUUUAUAGAUGAAGAAAAGGCAGAAGCUAUUAGUAAUGAUUUAGAUUGUAUUAAUAUAGAAAAUAACCAACAACAAAGUUUUGAGAAUAAUCAACAACAAAGUAUUGAGAAUAAUCAGCAACAAAGUAUUGAUGAUAUAAUGAUAAACUUGGAAAAUAAAACUGUUGCAACAGUUUGUAACAAAAACAAAUAUUAUGCACAAUGUAUAAGAAGAUGA